GGAGGAAGAGUCAAAAUAGAGAUUUGAGGGUCUCAAUUUACAAAGUCAGCGAUCCAAACUCCCACAACAGUAGUAAGGUCCUAGACGACAGCAAAGUUACCCGCUAUCCGUUUCUGGCCCUUCAACCAUCGACAGAAUAUGAGAUAUCCUUCGACGUUGUUGGUUCAUCAAGUAACAAGAGAACUACGCUUAAGCAGUGGACACGUCCACUUCCAGUGAACCAAUUUGAAGUUGUCCAGAAGACGACAGAAAGUGUAGAGUGUAAGUGGGUCCGGCCAUCCUGUAGUAUUGAUGGGUACCUCAUAAGCAUUACAGCUGUUGGAGACUCGUCAGAGCCGAAAGAGGUACCCUUGUCAGUUGAUGAUACUACCUACUUGUUUGAGUCCCUUGACCCCGGCCAGCAGCACAUUAUUUUGAUACAGUCUGUACUGAAGGUCGGUGCAGAUAUUAUUCCCAGUAGGCCUACACAGUGGGACGUGACCACGCCGCCCAUGGUCCCAAGAAAUGUGAGAGUUGAAAACGUCAUGGAUGAAAGCGUCUUGGUCAAAUGGGACCAGCCAGUACGUGGAAAGGUAGAUCGUUAUCGUGUCGAUCUUUCAUCCCAGAACCGCACUCUACUGUGCAAAGACACCCACGAGUUAACAUACAAAUUCAACCAGUUACAACCCUUGACAAAAUUCGACAUAACCGUAUAUUCCAUCAGGGGCCAAGAUCUAAGUGAACCCACAGAAUCUGUGUCAUGUAUCACCAAACCCAGCGCGGUAAAAUCUUUACGAGUGGAAGCAGCGUCGUACGACGAACUGACUGUAGUUUGGGACCCAUCGUGCGAUCAGGCAGAGUACCAAGUGAAGAUAGAGCCCGAUGAAGGUAAAAUGACCGAUAGAAACCCCGCUGACCCAUCAGCAUCGUUCUCUGGUCUUACAUCUGGUAAGGCGUACACUGUAACCGUGGUCACAAAAGUCGGCGAGGAUCUGAGUAAACCAGCCAGGAAGUGCUUUUGGACACAGGUAAAACCUGUCGAUAAAAUCUAUAUCAACGAGGACAAUGUAACAACGAGCAGUAUGUACGUAAGCUGGGACAAACCGGAAGGGGUUGUAGAGGACUAUCUUGUUAGCGUUUCCCCAAAACAUUGUCGUGAACACACCGUUAAUAUCAAACCCGAACACGACCUCGGUCACUCGUUUGAAAAGCUGCAAACGGGCGUUCAGUAUAAAAUCACUGUAAAAGCACGCAGUGGUAAUAGUACGAGUGCCCCCAAAGACAAAUUUCAGCAUACAAAGGUGGAGAAGGUAAGAGAAGUGAGAAUAGCAGCAGUUGAUGAGUAUUCAGUGACCAUAUCUUGGGUUUCACCGCAAGGGAAUGUAGACAAUUACUACUUGAAAGCAACUCGUCAAAAUCAGGAUGACACUGAAGGCAUACAAUCUGAGCUGAAAGCAGCAGAAAUCUUCAUGACACCAACAACAAGACAUCCGGAAGAGAAAAAAGUGCCAGGGACAGUUACGAGACACGUGUUUCGCGAACUAUGUCCUGGUGCCAGCUAUACUGUCGCUGUGCAGGCAGAGAGUGGUCCAUUCAAGAGUGCCCCUGUUUGCACUACGGUCAGCACCAAGCCAGCUGCCAUCGGGAAAGUCGAAGUAGCAGGGGUGACCGAGAAUAAUAUCGCAUUGAAAUGGGAUAGAGCUGUGGGAGUAAACGAUAGCUAUGCUAUUGAUGUAAGGAAAGAUGGGCGAUUGGUCACAAAACAAAUAGUUCCAGCAUCAGACAAACUAGAGUACACCAUUGCUUCUUUACAUCCAGGUAGGACAUACGAUAUCGAAAUCAGGACCAUGAACGGGAGAACAGCUGGAAGUAGACCAUUCGAAUUAUCCAAAAGCACAAAACCCUUACCUCCAACUCCAAGUGGUCUUUCUGUUAAAUUUAAUGAACAUGUACAGCGAGGGUGCAUCCUUGUGUCUUGGCCACCCCUUGGUCGUAACUCAGAUGUUGACAAAUAUUGUGUUCAGAUAAGUCCUACAUGGGCCGUUGACACUGCGUCGAAAGAAGUCAGGGCAUCGGACCCAUUGGCAGUUCAGUUCCAGGACCCGAUGCAGGGACCAAAAUACAGUGUAACGGUUUUCUCAGUGAGCGGUGAUCAGCAAAGUGAGCCAGUAACGAAAAAGUACCAGCUGCCUUUGAGCAAGCCUACCAACGUGAAAGCAACGCCAACAGAUACAAGUAUCAAAGUACAAUGGGAUUCGAUUCGGCUUGGUGACAACAGGUACAGUUAUCAUCUUUCCGUUGUGCAAAGACACGAAAGUUCCAGUCAGGUAAAUGUUGCAGAAGAAGGGGAAAGCUCCACAAAAGACGACAAGGCUCAAGGGGAAGCUGACAUACAAACAUCGAACGAAAUCGUAGAUUUAGAUGCCUCGGAAGCCUCAUCUGUCGUUCCCGGACAAUUCGUUACCGUUCCCAACUCACGGAAUCACCGUUUGUCUCACACAUUUCACGGUCUCACUCCUGGAGUAGACUAUGAGGUAAAAGUGAAAAGUUUGUCUCUGAAGGUUCCUCCAGAAGACGCCAGCGAAUCUAAAUCGGCGGCUAUUGGACCCAGUGAGGCGGAAAUCUCGCAUUACGAAAGUCAACCUUGUUGCAAAUUUCUGAGGACAAAGCCUACAGCCCCGGAAGAUAUCGUGAUCAACGAAUGUGACGUCCGUCCAACAAGCAUUCCAAUUAGUUGGCCUGAAGCGAAAGGAAAAGUUGAGAAGUACGACGUGUCCAUCUUUGACGCAAAGACAAAACAAGGUAUCCAAACCAAGUCUGUUGCAAAAUCUGAAGGACAAGCUCUCUCACACACCUUUGAGAAUCUUGUAGCCGGUGGACAAUACAUCGUUGAAGUCAUAAGUGUCAACAAGGGAGAUAAGAGUGACCCUAAGCGAAUGACACAGCAAACCCCACCUCUACCCCCAACUAACCUAAAGGUAGAUUGUGAUAAACGUUAUAAAACCAUCAGAAUAACAUGGAAAGCACCGCAAGGGGAAAGGGAUGUAUACCUUAUCCAAGCAGAACCACACACAGACGAUGACAUGCCCAUCAAAGUUGAAAAGAACAAAACGUCGUGUACAAUACCAAAUGCCGUACCAGGAGAAAAGUACACAAUAGCUGUCUGGACAAGAAGAGGGGACCUUUCCAGUGAAAGGUCGACUGAGCCGUUCCAGGUACCAGUAAGUCAGGCAAAGAACGUUCAAACAAAGGAUGUGGACGACAAGACGAUUAAAGUUACUUGGGAAGAAUCUAAAGGAAAAAAGACUGGUUAUCAUGUUUGCAUUGAUCCUAAAGAUGGAGCAAACAAAGAACAGGAAAAUAAAACUGGAGACCUGACUCAUUGCUUCACAGAACUAGUACCUGGUAGACUGUACACUAUAAGUGUCAUCACACUGUGUGAAGAAGUGGAAAGUGAACCAGUGAAGAUAACACAACGAACCGAAAUCAGUCCGGUCGCUGAAAUCACAACCGACGGUGGGGUCACAGAAACGUCUAUAAAACUAAGGUGGAGUCAACCAGAAGGAGACCAAGAUAAAUACCGCGUUGCCAUUUACAGGAGUUCCGUGGAAGGCCAUCGUGACAAGAUGGUAGGUAAUCCUCACGAAUUCUCAUCAUCAAGCAGUGAUCCGGAAUAUACAUUUCACGGCCUCCGUCCUGGUCGUUUAUAUAUCCUUACAGUUGAAAGUGGAUGUGGGGGUGACUGGAGCAAAGAAAAAGAAGAACCUCAGAGAACAACGGUUACUCCAGUAAGCAAUCUUCAAGUGUCGAACGUCACUUGCGUUUCGUUCAAACUAUCAUGGGUACAUGCAGUGGGAGACAAAGAUGGCUACCACGUACGAGUUACACCAAAGCUACAAGAAGAACAUAAGGAUGCUUGGAAAAUUAUUCCUGUCCAAGAAGACAAAAAUGAGUACGAUCUUGAAGAGCUGACACCUGGGAGAGAAUAUACAGUGGACGUUGUAACAGUCAGCGGGGACCAGGAGAGUGUCCCUGUUUCUCGUACACGACGGACUGUGGUAGCUCCAGUGACUGAACUACGCGCUAGGACCAGUAAGGAAGGCCAGCUUGAGCUCGAAUGGACUGAAGCAGAAGGCGAUAAAGACAAAUACGUCUGCAAAAUUGUCAGUCAUGGCCAAUGCCCAAGUCAAUACCCAAGUCAGUCAAUCACAAAGGACAAGAACGAAUGGGUGCUGACCGGGUUGGUUCCUGGUGAAAUGUAUGAAAUAAGGCUGAUCACACUAAAACCUUGCAAGCAAUAUUCCAUUACCGUCCGCGCAGAAAGCGCUGGCAAGAAGAGUGAUCAUGUGCACAUUUACCAGCACACUCGGCCUCACCGUCCUCGGAAACCCGAAUGUGGAAACGAAGGAAUGAACAAUUUCUCCGUCUUCUGGAGUCCGCCACUAACUGAGGAAGAACGAGGUAGAAUAGUUGGCUACAGGGUGAAAUUCAGAAGAUUAGCUAACAACCUGUCUACCAUUGAGGAAGUUGGUGAAGACGACUGGAAGUGGCUGGAUCCAGGGAACACGACUCAACAAAAGAUUGACGAAACCAACGCAGACAACACUGACUACGAGAUAGGCAUAGUGUCUGUCGCCGAAAUCGAGUCGCAUAAACCCGAAGAUGAAGGAAGAAAAAUCAAGAUUGAGAGUGAGCCGUGCUUACAAUAG